AUGCUUGGGUAUCUGCUGAUAACCAAAGGACAGCUCGGAUUCGAUCCAACGAUUAUUACCAACGCCAAUGGCUUGCGGUACUUUAAAAUCAAACGGGAUAGUGGGGAGGAGCGUCUCAUUAUUGAUGAGGUGAUAAAGCGCGCACACUGCGUCGCCGGACGAGCCACAACUUGCUGGAAGCAGUAUCCCAAGCGCGAUAAGGAAGGGGAGCUGCUGCGUGAGGCCAUGGAGAAGGAGGUAGUUAACGUCGCGAGGUAUUACUACCAUGCGACGGUCCAGGUAGAGGGCCAAGAUUAUGAUAUCCGUGACAGAGACUACGGCCAGCCAAUCUACAAGGCGAGCUCGAGGGUUGCCUUGCUGGCCGCGCUAGAAGGGUGCAUCGAAGGAUACGAGUCCCUUUAUCAGCAGGCCGGCAUGCUUCAGAGAGACAUUUCCCCCAAUAACCUCAUAAUCAACGAGGAUAAGGAUAGCGCGUCCUAG